AAAAAAACUUGCCCCAGCGAGCAGGCAGCUGAAGCAGACUUCAGUGGGUUGGGAAUCCCAGUCCGCUCGGUCACCAUAUAGGGAAGCUUCUCCGGCUGAGGGUUUGUUAUCCGAGUUCUUGUUCUGCAGGUGAAAAUUGGUUCUCUAGCAUGAAACAAGCUUGGGACAAGAACGUUUUCGAGAAUGGGCAAAGUAAAAAGCAGGGAACAGGCCCGGUGGACUCGACACCUUCGUUUGAGCGCCUACAGAGUACUGGUUCAGGAGAUAAGUUUGAUAAGAAGGUGCUUCCUGUUGGUGGAGCCGGACAAACUCUGCUGCUUACUCCGGCCAGUUUGCAGCUGGCCCAGCUCCAGGCCCAGCUCACCCUGCAACGCCUCAAACUCGCCCAGAGUAGCAACACUGCUGCUGCCGCCACAGUUCUCAAUCAAGUCCUCUCCAAUGUGGCCAUGUCACAGCCACUAUUUAACCAGCUUAGGGGCUCCAGCAUCCCCCAGGCGUCAGGAACAGGCUUUCCUUCCACACCCAUAACCUUUCCCCCUCCUGCCACCCCACUAGGCACCCUGGUAGGGGGUACGUUUGCUCAGAAUCAUGCAGGAAUCCGAAUGAAUCACUAUGGAGGAAGCGGAAACCUGAACCAGAAUGUCAACCCACAUGGGGAAUGUGGGAAUAAGGCCAGCAAAUUUCAGGCGGGGUUUCUGGGUGGAACCACAGCAGGGGCCAGUAAAGCAGGUGAAGGAGGACAGUAUGGAAGCAUUGGUGGCCCCAAAACCAAAAACCAAAACAACUACCCAAGAGACCUCUACUCAUCUGAGGGUCAAGUCCAAGACUCUGGCCAUACAGAACAAUGGAAAAACUCAAACAGCUUUCCCAUCUCAAGUAAACUGGAUGUAGGAACGGGUGUUAUGAGCAAUACAUGGGUGCCUUCCACACAAGGAUUUAUUGCUCCUCGAGCUGAACUAUACAAUCCUGAGGAGCCCACUAGUGAGCCCAAGUUUAACCAAGCAGGAGGCCUUGGGUUUAGCACAACUGGUGGUCAGCAGGGGUUUGUGGGAUACUCACAGCAACAGACGGGUGAGGAGGGGCUAAGGAUGACAUUACAAGCGCACCAGAUCAACGACUAUCAUGGCAUCACGCCAUCGCACCUACCACACCAGUGCACCAUUUGUGAAAAGAAGGUUUACAAUUUGAAGGAUUGGGACCAGCAUGUAAAGGGCAAGUUGCAUAUACAGAAUUGCUCGCUGUACACCGAUGGCCCUGCACUCGGAGCCCUGCACUUUCCCGUCACCUCGGAAGGAUGCCUCGGCUCAGCUUUGAAUAACAACACCAUGGCAUACUCGUCCAGCGCUGGCCAAGAUGUUUCGACUGGAGGAACCUCUUUUUUACCAGCUGCAUCUAUGAAGUCAUUUCCUCUCUCGGGGGCGGGAUUUACCUCACACCAGCCGGGAACAAAGUUUGUGCCUAGGAAGCCGGGUCCUGGGCGCGUCGUGCACAUCUGUAAUCUCCCCGAGGGCAGCUGCACUGAGAACGAUGUCAUUAACCUGGGCCUCCCUUUCGGCAAAGUCACCAACUACAUCCUCAUGCGCUCCACACACCAGGCUUUCCUGGAGAUGGCAUAUGUUGAGGCGGCCCAGGCCAUGGUGCAGUACUACCAGCUCCAUCCAGCCACCAUCAAUGACCAGAAGCUCCUCAUUCGCAUGUCCAAGAGAUACAAGGAACUGCAGCUCAAGAAACCUGGUAAAGAUGUGGAGUCCAUCAUCCAGGACAUCAACUCUCAGAGGGAACGAGAGGAGCUGCACGAGAUGGACCGGUAUCCCCCAGAGAGGGCACGUUCACGCAGUCCCGUCGCUCGCUCCCUGACUCCGCCCUCACACAGCCCAAGCUUCACAUCCUGCAGCUCCACACACAGUCCCCAGGCGGCGCCCUGGAUGAACGGCAUCGGCACGGGGCGAGGGACAUGGGAUUGGACACCGCGUGACAGGGACGAGUGGCGGAACGACGAGGACGACAGGCCUAACGAGCGCAGGAAGCCCUACCUGAAACCGCCAGAUGAGCGCAGUAGGGAGCGUUAUUUCUCCUCCCACCAUCCCGCCGACGAUUUCUAUAAGAAGGAAAAGCUCUCACGUGCGUCCCAGCACCAGAGACACGAAGCGAAGUUCAAGAGGCGAGACGGAGGCGGGGAUCAUCACCGGAGCAGGCAUUCGGAGUCCGAGCUAACGGAGGACGGACGGGGCAGGAGGUCGAGCAGGAGGCACGAGAGGGAGGAGAGAGAGUCUAACAAUCACAAGGAAUCUAAUGAGCACCGAGCCAAAGACAGAUCGUCGUCUCCACACAGCAGCAAACCUACAGAGCCCAGUGAGGGCGAGCGUGACCGAGAGAGCGAGGUGGACGAGUGUGGAAGUGGUGAGGAGACAGAGGGCGAGUGCUGGUACCCCAAAAGCAUGGAGGAGCUGGUGACGGUAGACGAGGUGGGAGAAGAAGACGACUCCAUUGUCGAGCCCGAUCUCCCCGAGCUGCAGGAGGAGGAACGUGAAGAGGAGGAGCACAAGGAAGAGGAGGAGCCCACGUCGACAAAGGUGGAAAAACAGGAACCAGUGUUGGCUCUGGAAGCUGUUCAGGAAGAAGCGCCGGAGUGUGGGUGCGCUGAAACUCCAUCCUCUGACAUCUCCCUCGUCCACGAUGAGGAGGUAAAAAGCGAGAUAGAGGAGGCUGGAGAGGCGUGUGUUUCUCUGACACACACCACAAAAACAGACAGCACGUCCGAGAGUGUGUGUCAGAUGGACAAGGUGACGGACAAACACACGGGUGGUGAGACGCCAAGGACUGGUGAGAUGGAGAAAAAGGAGACGCAGCAUGUGGAGGAGAACCAGAAAAGAGACACAGUUCAGCAGAUUUCACAGCCAGCGAGUUCACCACAGAGGACAGGCAUCGAAGCUCCAUCACCAUCACGAGAGCAGGAGAAGAUUAUCAGUGAGCACAGCAUCCCGUUAGGUGUGGAGUUCAUUGUCCCCAGUACAGGCUUUUACUGCAAACUCUGCAGCCUUUUCUACACCAGCGAAGAGACGGCCAAGACCACGCACUGCCGGAGCACCGUCCACUACCGCAACCUGCAGAAAUACCUGUCUCAGCUGGCCGAGGAAAGUCUGCUGCGCUUCUGUUCAGACGCAGAGUGAAAAUGAAGCACACCAGCAUGCUUCAGUAGCAUGAGCACCCACUCACUCACUCUGAGACGAGGAGGAGAACAAAACCAGGCCAGAGAGAGAGAAAGAGAGAGAGGAGAGAGAAUGUAUGUACUAGAGAAAGUGCAAGUAACUGCUGAAGAAAAAAUAACGAGAUUGUGUAAGAGUGAUGAACCGCACAAUUGGAGCACAAAUUUAGAAAACAAUUGCUAAAAAAGAAGAGUGACGAGAUGACGUCAUUAAGGCGCAUAUGGUUAUGGAUACCUUUUCGUCAGCUGCUGAAGAAGAGCGACGAGACCACGUCAUUCAGAUGCUGAGAAAGGGCAAAGAUCUGCAGAUUUAAAGCUAAAUUUCAGAAAAUGAUCGCCGUUAACGAAGAGCGACAAGAUGACGUCAUGACGACCGUAAACCAUCAUGGAAAGCCAGAAAGGCUUGUUACAUCAUCACUGUUCUCAAACAUGGCAUUUUAACACAUCUUCUCUUCUAUACAGAACAGCAUAUGAUGGCUCCAUGAUUUUUUUAUCAUUAUUAUUAAAAAGUAAUUUUGUAAUUUUCCUAAUGAUUCUGAACUCAUACAAAGCAGUAUGAUGAAAACAGCACUGAAAUACGGCGUAACCGGGUUCGAACAUGUAAAUGGUGUAAAUGUGCUAAUCUUGCCUUGAAAGAAACAGUCAGUGAACCAGAGCGAGCCUUUUUACAGUAAGUGAUCUUGUGAACCUGGGUGUGAGCUGUGCCACAAAUAACACAGCGAAGUGAAAGAUGAAAGGGGAAGUCGGCUAUUUUGGAGCACGGCUCCAACACCACACACACCACAGAGUCAGAGUGUACAGAGUGAUGAGGAAAGGUGACGUGUGAAUCAGAGAAAGGGGUUAAGUUAUUAUUUUUUAAUGCACUGGAUGUUCUUGGGAACUGGAAGACGCCGGCCACAUCUUGAACCCGGACUGUCCUCAGGUCAAUGUUAAUAAUGCAAGAUGUUUUAUUUUAAGAAAUAUAAAACUCUAUAAGACUCUCUCAUCCACGCUGUGUAUAAUGCUUUUUUUAGUGCUACUUGAACUGGACCGGACCAUGUGUGAUGAUUUUCCUGUCUGAGACGAAGCUGUGUACAGAAAAAAAUUAUUUUGCAUGUUUUGUACACUUAUUAUUAGUGUCCUGCUUUUGAGGCACGACC